CAUGCCUAGCACUUAAAAUUUGCCAAUGAUCCAAUUGUCUUCUACUUCUCAACACCUUCUGCACUCCCUGGAUUCCCACUUACCUGCAACAAUUGGGAGUCUUGGACAGUCUCUCCUCUCCUUCUUCAUGGAUUAGAAACACAGAGCAAAGUCCUGGAGAAGAUACAAACAGAAGUCAUGAAUCACAGCCAUGAUCUUCCUCAUCAAGAGAAGCCGAAGCCGAAGCCGAAGCCGAAGCCGAAGGCCGUGAUCGUGGGAGGGAGCAUAGCAGGCGUCUCAUGCGCGCACGCACUCAUUCGGGUGGGGUGGGAUGUUGUUGUCGUAGAGAAAUCGCGCAAGCCUCCGAAAGGAAGCCCCACCGGCGCGGGACUCGGCUUGGAUCCGCUCUCUCAGGAGCUCAUUGGGACCUGGACCGGACGCCCCGAACUCCUCCAUGACAUCACCGCUCCUCUCACCAUUGAUCUAAACCAAGCAAUCGACGAUGAGAAAACCAGGAAGAUACUAGCAAGAGAUGAGAAUUUCAAUCAUAGUGCAGCACACUGGGCUACUCUGCAUGACCACCUCUUUAGUGCAUUGCCACCAGAAAUAUUCUUAUGGGGCCAUCUUUUCCUCUCUUUCUCUUUUUCCUAUGAUAAGCAAUCGGUCAAAAUCAAGGCCCAAGUUCUUGAUACCGGAGAAACCACCGAAGUAGAUGGAGACAUGCUUGUCGCUGCAGAUGGAUGCCUCUCUCUAAUUCGCAAUCACUUUCUCCCUGAUGUCAAACUAAGAUAUUCAGGCUAUUGCGCCUGGAGAGGAGUUUUUGAUUUUUCGGGGAUUGAAGAUUCUGAAACUAUCAAGAAAGUUAGGCAGGCACAUCCGGAGCUUGGAAAAUGCUUGUACUUAGACUUGGCGCCCGGAAAUCAUACCGUUCUUUUCGAGAUCCCAAACAAAAGGCUGAACUGGAUAUGGUAUUUGAAUCAACCUGAACCUGACUUGCAGGGGAAUUCAGUUACUACGAAAGUAAGAGAUGACAUGAUUCAGAAGAUGUACCAAGACGCAGAGAAAAUUUGGCAUCCAGCUUUGGUUCAGAUCAUGAGAGAAACUAAAGAACCUUUCAUAAAUGCCAUUUACGACUGUGAUCCCCUAGAACGAAUAGUCUGGGACAAUGUGGUACUUGUUGGUGACGCAGCACACCCCACGACACCGCACAGCUCAAGGAGCACAAACAUGUCGAUUCUGGAUGCGGCUGUCCUAGGCUGGUGCUUGGAGAAGUGGGGGUCGGAAUAUCUAACAGCUGCUCUUGAAGAAUACCAAUCCAUUAGGCUACCUGUUGCAUCCAAGCAAGUCUUGCAUGCCCGGCGAGUCGGGAGGAUAAAACAAGGCCUUACGCUUCCUGACUGCGAACCUUUCAAUCCUAACACAGCCACUCCAGAGGAGUGCAAGAUGCUUCCACAGAGUGGCUUGCCCUUCUUCGGACAUAAUCCUCUGCUCGGAUCGAGUGACCUUUUAUUGGCCGGCAAACGGUGAUCAUCUCAUAUUUGUUGCCAUUCUGGUCAUGUCAAUGUGGGUUUCAGUCAUGUCACACAUUAUUUCUAGCUCUAGUUGGAUAUAGCAAGAGAUGUGUCUUCUUAAGUAUCCAACCUAAACCAGGAUCAUUACGGAUGGUGACAUUCACGUUGGAUUUGUGUUAAGAGGGUUAAGGAUCAUUUCAUCUACUGAAGCACUUGGAUAGGCAAACUGUUUUAUGUAAUGUACUUGUUUCUUGUUACAGUCGCAAUAGCCCUAGUACAGCAGCACAAAACUUGUUCUUCACUCACACAAAUUAGUCAACUUGAUUUAUGAAUAAAUAAAGUUUCCAGAUCUAA